AUGUCCGUGGCUCCCUCCAGCUCUUGCUUUGCAGCUCUGCCUACUGCCACUGAGGCUGCACAUACAAUAUUUGGAAAAAAUUCAGCGAGGCCUGGCCAUGAAGUUCAAGAAGUUAUUUAUGUCCCAGCUAUUUCCCACGAACCUGGCUCUAAGGUUCAGUGCACCUACAUCACUAUUGAUCAAGAAGAGAGGACACACGCAGUAAUACUAAGCAAAUCGUCCUGGAUGUGGGGAGCAGAAAUGGGAGCAAAUGAGCAUGGAGUGUGCAUUGGUAAUGGAGCUGUAAUGACCAGAGAGACAGCUGCAGAGACUGAAGCACUACUAGGGAUGGAUCUUGUCAGACUUGGUUUGGAAAGAGGUACCACAGCCAAAGAGUCUUUGGAUGUCAUAGUGUCCCUUCUGGGAGCGCAUGGACAAGGUGGGAAUAAUUUUGAAGAUGGAGAGAUGCUUCAUCUGUUCCACAGUAGCUUUCUCAUUGUGGACAGAACCGAAGUCUGGGUCUUGGAAACUGCUGGCAAAUAUUGGGCUGCUGAGAAAAUCACAGAGGGCGUGAGGAGCAUUUGUAACCGACUAUCUAUAACUACCAACAUUGAAGCAGAACAUCCUGAGCUGAGAAGUUAUGCCCAAAGUAAAGGUUGGUGGAAUGGAGAGGAGGAAUUCAACUUCAGUGCGGUGUUCUCACCACCAGAUGAAACGUUGGAUCACCACUGUUCUGGGAAAGACAUUCUGAGGGAACAAGCAGGAAGCAUCACCUUGCAAACAAUGCUUGAUGUGCUACGUGGCGAGGACUGCGUGGAUCAGGAUUCCUUCCUCAUCACAGGAAGCAUGGUGUCCGUUCUUCCUCAGGGCAGCAACUCAACUUGUAUCCAUUUCUUCACUGCCACUCCUGACCCUGCAAGGUCCAUCUUCAAACCUUUCAUCUUUGUAGAUAACGUUAAGCCAGUCCCUAAAACACAGUCUCCGAGCUUUGGUGAUGAAGAUCCAGCAAAGCAGCAACCACGUUUCCAGAGCAGACCUGAUCGUAGACACGAGCUGUAUCGGGCACAUGAAUGUGCCAGGUCAGUCAUGGAAACUGAAGAGGGGCCUGGGCAAAAGCUUUUGCAAGCUAUACUGGGUCUGGAAAAACAAGGUCUGGAGGCCAUGCAAGAUAUAUUGAAGUGUGAUGAGCCCAUCAACCCUUCGGAAGUAGCAGACCUCUUCUAUGAUUGUGUGGACACGGAAAUAAAAUUCUACAAAUGACCUGGGAGCAGCUAUCGAAGAGUCUUCACGCGCUUUCCCAGAAAAAGGGUGAGAGAGUUCCUUAUUGAAGAAACUGCAGAGGAUUGCCUCUUCAACUCAAAUACAACAAAAGAAUGAAAAUUACUCUUCCUUAGUUGGUCUCUGUUUCCAAGUGCUUUAACUACUCACUGAAGUACAAGCUUCAUACAUCCAUUUGUGCUUUGUCUAACUUUUGUGUCUAGUGGUAGGAAACAGCCAGUGGUUGGUUAUUAAGUGUGUGCAUGCAGGUUGAUGUAAAGCAGGUUGUUUUAAAUGCUUUAUUUGUGAUGGUGGCAAUUACAUUCUUCACAAAGAUUCAUUGAGUAAAUAAUAAUGACAAAUAAUAACCAAAUGACAGGCUAAGGAGAAUCAUGACAUAACAUGCACAGAGCCAUGUACGAUAUCACUGUCCUUGGUUACCUUACAUGAUUGGGUUUAAUAUGCUGUAAUAUAUACUGUGGAAUAUCUUCUUCACAAUGAAUGAAGGCAUUUUUGUUGAAUUUAAUGUCCCUCGGUAAAUGCUUGCUGCCACAGAAAAUGAACAAAAUCUCCAGAACUUUGGUGGCAGGAAGACAGCACAAAUUGUAAUAUAAUAAAUCUUUUCAUCAUGGAUUGUGAUAAAGGAAUAGGCUAAAGGCCACCCAUGGAUAUGGACUUUGCUUUUGUAAAUUGUUUAAGCUUUGCUCUUGUCAUUUAUAUCAUUCUUCAAUACAUUUUUGAAUGUUACUUUCAAAUGAUCAAAACGCAAAAAAAAUUCCAGAUGCUGGAAAGAUAAAAACAGAAAACACUGGAAAUACAGUAAUUCUGACGAAAGGCCAUCACCAUGAAAUGUAAGCUGUACUUCUCUCUCCACAGAUACUUCCUGACCUGCUGAGUAUUUCCAGCAUUCUGUUUUUAUUUCAAUCUCACGUACCCUUUUCCCUUUUGUUGCAGUUUAGUUUAAGUGUUUUCCCCAACCUGGAGCAUGUGCUCUUUAUAAUAAAGGAUGAAGAUCUUAGGGGGGAUAAAAAAGUAAGGCAUUCAGUUUAUUUUUGUCAUUAAUUUACUGCUUAGCCCUUGUUAUUUGCACAUUGAUCUUUGUGUUAGCUGUGUAUCUGACAUGUGUUUUUAUUUUUGUCUUGUUCCUCAAGAAAUAUGUAUUUAGUUCCUAGUCUAGCUUAUUUAAAAACACUAGCUCUCAUUUUCCUUGGUUAAAGAUUUGGCCAACAUUGACUUUUUAAUGCCUGAUGGUCAACCAGUCUCGUGGAAUUAGAUCAUUUUACCGUAAUUACUCUUAAGUAAAUACAUCAGCACCAUUGCUGUUAAAUCAUAAUAAAAGUUACCUGCAUCUUUUGAAAUAUUAUUAUUCCAAGUUCAGUUUCGAUUACUUAAGCAUUUUAUGAUUUGAAUCCAGUUAAAGCCCAUGAUCGUGAUCAUCAUGCAGCAAGCUAUUACUGACUUGAUCAUUAACUAACAUCUCCAUGCAAUGAUGUUACGUGCUUACGUUUGCUUCCCUUAAAUGGUCAACUCUUCUGAAAUGAUUAUUGACUGACAUUGCUGACCAUCUAACCUGAAUUGUAACUGGCUACUGUCACUUCUUACUAAUCACCUGAUUAGUAUCUGCUCAUUGUUGCAGGUCAAGAAAUAUUCCUUGAGUCCUGUGCUUCACAUAUUCAACAAACUAAAGAGUGAGCGUUGUGUGGCAGACUCCCUUUGAACAUGGCAAUGACAAGUUUUAUUUUUGAUUUCCUUAGUCAUAUUAGCUUUGUGACAACUCAUUAACUAUUGGAAUCUAUCAUUAUGGUGGAAAGUUCAGGAUUGAACUAAAACUGAUGUUAGAAUCAUGUUCUGUGUAUUUACAACCAUGAUAUGGAUUUGGUAUUUUCCUCUGGCAGAAGUGAUGUACAGGGAACAAUGUUAUAAUAAACUAAUUAAAAUCUGUGUUUUGCUUAA